UAUCAGAUUUCUAGAGAUGAAUUGCUCAAAAGAAGAAGGUAGUUCUCAUGGAGAUGAAAAGAGGUACAAGGGUGUUCGUCGCCGGAAAUGGGGGAAGUGGGUAUCGGAAAUUCGAGUUCCGGGCACUAGAGACCGGCUUUGGUUGGGCUCAUAUUCUAACCCAGAAGCUGCUGCCAUUGCCUAUGAUACUGCAAUGUUCUGUCUAAGAGGUCCUUCAUCAGUAAAUCAUCUCAACUUCCCUAUGUGUCUCCCUACCUUCCUCCAGACCGACAUGUCUCCGAAGUCGAUACAGAGAGCAGCGUCGAAUGCUGCCAUGGCUGUCGAUUUCGAGCUUGCCAAAAGGGCUCCUGAGGGUGCUGAUAACACUGUAAAAGAAGGUGAAGUGCAAGUUUUUCAAACUGAAAUCUCUGAAGAUACAGAUGACAUUGUUCCUGUCAUGAAUGAAGGAAGCUGCCUGAGAGAGGAGGAGAGCUUGAAUAUUUCUGUGGACGACAUGGAAAUAUAUCUUGGGUAGUUAACUUGGAGAGUAUAUAGAUUUUGUUCCAGCACAGCUUCUUAGAACACUAUGGUUUGGGUUCUAUCUAGCUAGAUGCUCUGUUUUUAUCAAAUUAAGAUCCAUCUCAACCAAUCCAA